AUGGCACCCGAACUUCACCGAGCGCAGCGAACUUGCGUAUUCAAACGCUGCCCAGACACAGAAUACGUGUCCCGGAACUCACUGGGAAACCCGCUCAUCUACGCGCUCGAUUUAAAUGACUGGCCCAGUGUUGAAACAGUGGAGCAUGAUAUUCUCCGGCACAUGGGAUAUCUGGACUCAGGCGUGCAAAGUAUCAGCUACCACCUGAUGGGAGAAGUUUGCAGCACGCAGAGGCCGUUAGUAGCGCUUUUCGACGAUGCCGUGCAACAUGCUACGCAGCGACGUAGUAAGGGCGUGAUGCUGCAUCUCCAAAUGGAGAGUGGACAGGUCGCGGCGGCAGUUGAGCCGGGAGAGCCAGGCACUGUUGUCAAGAGCACGCCCCAGCAGACCAGGAUAGAGCUCUCAUUCAAUGAGAGUGGGCACUACGAUCCAAGGACAAAAACUUUGGGCAAUGUGCUCCCCAUAUGCCUGGAACCCGACCCAACUCUACAUUGA